GGGGGAGUGACUACAGUUGCAGGGUCUAUAUAUUGGGAUGUUUUGUGCGGUGGGAUUACGCGAAUGAGAGCACAGAAGGAGUCACCGCGGCAGGAUUACUCUCCCCGGCCAUACACGCCACCAUGGAUUCGUGCUUCUGCGCCCUUUGCGUGACUUUCGUGCUGGCGUCUUUUGGCCGCGGGUCAGGUGCGCUGGGCCCGGUGAUCAAGUGCGAGCCGUGCGACUAUGGCGCGCGCCUGUCCUGCAAACCUCUGCCCAAGGACUGCGCAGAGAGAGUCCGAGAGCCGGGCUGCGGCUGCUGCCUGACGUGCGCGCUCAGUUUCGGCCAGCCGUGCGGCGUGUACACGGGCAGAUGCGGCGCCGGGCUCGCCUGCCAGCACCAACCAGGCGAGACCAGACCGCUGCAGGCGCUUCUGGAGGGACGAGGGGUCUGCGCCAACGCCACGAGCGCUCGACGCCUCGUGGACAGACCGACGCCUCCCGUCAAUGAACUGCCAGAGACCAUCGAGACUCCGGACGAGGAGCACAACUCUACCGGUGGCGUCUUCCAGAACACGCACAGUGCACAUAGCAGACCCACGGGACCCGUGAAACCUGCGCUUAACCCCUUCCCGCCCUCUGCCAAGGCUGAAAUCCUACGACGGGAGCAGCAGAAGAGAAUUAAAAGCUUUAAAAUGGAGGACGUGCCUGGACCACUCCUGACAGACCAACAGAACUUCUCCCUGGAGAUCAAACCGGAGCCUGAGUAUGGUCCCUGUCGGCGAGAGCUCGAGAGCAUCCUCGGCAGCCUCAAGAUUACGGACACACUCAACCCUCGAGGUUUCCGCAUACCAAACUGCGACAAGAAAGGCUUUUAUAAGAAAAAGCAGUGCCGUCCAUCCAAGGGCAGAAAGCGAGGCUUCUGUUGGUGUGUGGACAAAUACGGGCAGCCCUUGCCAGGUUUCGAUGGGAAGGAGCGAGGAGUCGCCCGACACGUCAGCUCGCAAAGCCAAUAGGAGCCCAAGUGGGACUUGAGGGAGGGGGAGGGCGAAAGAUCUGUAAACAAGCAGAGACACCGAGGAUAUUGGGAGAGAGGCGAUAUGUGGAUGUUUGCUCUCUCUAUCUGCGGGACCUUUUUGUACAAGGAACCAGAUGGAUUCUUCACAAAAGUUUCUGACAAUGAAGACUCGGGCGAUUCAUGUCCUAAGCCGAUGGAACGCACAGAUGUGCUGCCAUAAUAAUUAAGAUUAUUAUGAACUUGCACACCGGUCACACUUUUGGGGGGGUGGGGGUUGAAAUCAUCAGUUUGAUGCCAGCAUAAAAGUUUCUGAAUUAAGAAUUGUCCUUCUGUCUAGGAUCUUCUUCCGACUGAGUCCCCUAUGGCCGAAUUCCCAAGUCAGAGUUGGGCCAAGUAUGAGUUCUGGAAUUUUGAGCAAAAUGGCCGACUUGCUAUUCAUUUUUACGCAUCAGUCUUCGAUGCAUACAUUUAUGCAUCCAUCGCACUUUGUAUUGAUCGUUGAAAGUGGCACUUCAAACUUUCUGAGGGGUGCUAGUGCCUUCGGUCAUGGGGGCGGUUCUGGGGGGGCUGGCGCUCAUAUUCAGGCCUCCUAAAAUACCACCAUUUUGACCAAGAUUCAAGCAUGUUAAGCCCCCCCCCCCAAAAUAGUCAAUUUAAUAACAUCAAACAUCAAUUCUAGGAGGGCCUUCACACUGCCUGGUGCUUCAACCCAACUAAUUACAAACAUGCUUUUACAUUCAUACGUUAACCAGCAAGUCUGCCUGUUCAAUGCAUAGCCCAUCACAACAUUUAGCACAGCAAUCUAGGUUACUGCUAAUAUUUAAAUCAAUAUAAGUUAGAAAGAAAAAUACUGCAACUCCUUCGUUCUGGUAGCCAUUGUGUCGGUCAGGUUGUUGGAUAGUACUCUGUAUGGGUGAGUAUUCAAAGACUGAGUAGUGGUCCUGGUAUCGGUCUGGGAAAAGAAAAGUGCUAUCGAACAUCCCUAUUCUCUCUUUUGAUCGUCGCUGAACAAGCGCGCCAUUUCUUUCUUGCAAAAUAGUGCUUGCCUCAUGUUUGUAUUGAUCAUUGGCUUGUGUACAGCGUAUGUUGUGAUGGCUUAACAGGACAUAUUUUUGUAAGCUUGUUGAAAAUGUGUGGCAAAGCCUGCUUGAGGUAAAUAUGUCGUUUGCAUGUACAGUACAAGGGCAAACCCUCAAAGGUCUAUUUUUACCUAAUAAAGGCACAAUGAAAUUA